GUGGAGACACUUCCUCCUCCAGUACAGGCAGUGCCUCUCCGGUGCCCAACAGCUAUGAUUCCCUGGAAGGUGGCAGCUAUCCAGAUUCCAUGCCGCCCUCCAACGAUAUGACCAAUCAGGUCGCGCCCUACGAUCACUAUGGUUACCCAAACAUGCAGCCGGCCUAUCAGCAGGUGCCAGCCCCGCCACUGACUCCGCCCCCUCUCUUGACCAGUACGGAACAGCCAGAAUACCAGCAGUACUCCCAGCCGUUCCCUAACCUGACCCAGCUGUCAGCGGCUCUGGGGGGGCUCAGCGGGGUCCCAGAGCUGGAGCUGGAGGCCCUGAGUCCUGUGAACCUGAUGCAGGAGACCAGCCUGCUGCCCCCCCGACCCCUCGAGGCCCCCGAGCCCAACCUCAGCGCCGACCUCAAGAAGGUCAACUGUAACCCACAUACGUUCAGGAGCACCCUGUCCAGCAUCCCUCAGACUCAGGCUCUGCUCAACAAGGCGCGCCUCCCUCUGGGUCUCCUGCUGCACCCCUUCAGAGACCUGCAGCAGUUACCGGUGAUCACGUCCAACACCAUCGUGCGCUGCCGCUCCUGUCGGACCUACAUCAACCCGUUCGUCACUUUCCUGGAUCAGCGCCGGUGGAAGUGCAACCUGUGCUACCGGGUCAACGAUGUUCCAGAUGAGUUCAUGUAUAACCCGGUCACCAGGUCGUAUGGAGAGCCUCAUAAGAGACCAGAAGUCCAGAACGCCACGGUGGAGUUCAUCGCCUCCUCGGACUACAUGCUGCGGCCUCCUCAGCCGGCAGCCUACCUGUUCGUCCUCGAUGUUUCUCACAACGCCGUGGAGUCGGGAUACCUGAAGUACUUCUGUGAAUCUCUCCUGGACAACAUGGAUAA